AUGACCGAAGAAGAAGAGCUCCUGGCCAAGAUCGGCCAGUUAGCUGUAACCAAGUCACUAGGUCAAAUCAACCAGCACAAAAACCAGUCAAAUCCUGCUGCGCGUAGUGGAUAUUCUGGCGCUUCCUACGCGCGACAUCCCCGCGGUGGAUGGAGACCCUAUCGUGGGAGAGCAAGGGGAGCCCCACGGCCUAUCGCGGGACCGCAUAGAAAUCGAACGCUUGUGCUCAAUAACCAAAGCACUACAUCAGAAACAGCAAGCUCAACGGCCUCACCAUCUAGGCCUACCGAUGAACUCAAUGACCCCAAGCUUGGCGUGAAGAGCUCAUGGAUAGCGAAGAGGGACCGUCACAUGCAGCUCAUAAACUCUUCGAUAUUUGACCAGGAGACUCAGGCUAGAAACAAAGCUAUAGCAGAGACCCAAAGGUUGAAAGCGCAAAGGAAAUCAGCGCGAGAGGAAUCUAUGGUCCUACGACACGCCCAAUCUGCAUCUCGUUUCCCCAGAAGCAACAAGGGUGAAUCUCAUUCUGAUGGAAAGACAUACACCAUCCAUGUCGGAAAGGUGCCCUUUCAAGUGGCUCAGGGUGGAAGCAAACUCAUAUCUCUUUCCAGCGACCCUUUAAAAGCGAACCUUACGCCUAAGAAAGUGAAAGUUGGAGGCGUUAUGUUCCUUAGAAGCAAGCGUGGUAACCUCCACCGGUUGGGCGCAGUUGCUUCGAAAAAAAAAAUCGGAAAAGUUAAAAAGAAAAACGAGCUAUGCAAAAGAUUUACAUCGACGGGUACUUGUUUCAAAGGCCCAACCUGCCCUUAUCUCCAUGACCCGAAUAAAGUCGCUAUCUGCAAAGACUUCCUCCAAACAGGUAAUUGUGAUGCAGGUUUGGCCUGCGAUCUUUCACAUGAUCCAUCUCCUGAAAGAUCCCCUGCUUGUCUUCAUUUCCUUCGCGGCCGGUGUACAAACCCUUCCUGCAGAUACACCCAUGCCCGUAUAACACCAGGCGCUCCAGUUUGCCGGGAUUUUGCUAUUCUAGGAUACUGCAGUAAAGGAGCUACUUGUGAGGAGCGGCAUGUCCAUGAAUGCCCUGACUAUGCUAACACCGGGAACUGCGGCAAUAAGAAAUGCUCUCUUCCUCAUGUUGACAGAGCUGGUCAAAUUCGCAAAUUUACUAACCAGGUAGAUAAUUCUACUGAAGCAGACUCGGAAGAGGACAUCUCUAGUGAUGAAGAGGUAUAUGACGAGAUUGACUCCGAUGAUAUCGAUUCUGAUGACCUGGAGGAACCUGAGGAGAUCAUUCAAGGCGUUGAUGGUGGGGAUGCUUCCCAACAGUUAGAUUUUAUUGGGUUCUCUUAG